AUGUUUUCGCUUCCGGCAUUGAAAAAGCGCUCUUUUGUGCGCUACCAUCAUCUCGAUCAAGAGCCGCUCGACAUUGAUGCAAAUAAUCGAGUAGUCAGCACCGAAAUCUCGAAGUCGUGCUUGCACGUUAGUAAGGUCCGCACGUGCGCUGUCUUGCUCUUGCUGGCGAUACUACUGGCACAAACUCGCAGCUAUCUACCGGCAGAGGCUUUGUUUAGAUGCGAUCCUUUUGCAGAACCUGGCUACGUGCACUACGAUGAGGCGCAUCCCGCGAGCACACAGUGGCGGCCACUCUCGAGCACCUGCGAUCCUGCACCAGAUUGGCUCGGGCUGCUCUCGCGGUUGGACAAUAGAUCAAGCGAGCUGGACUUCUUGCGGGGCAGAACAGCAUUGAUCAUAGGCGAUUCUACAGAUCGGCAAACAAUAGAGGACCUCGCGAGUAUCACUCAAUCUCGCCCGCCAAAAGCAGUGUCGUACUACAAGGCAAAUAUGCUGGCAGUUGACGACGUGAAGAUGAGGGACAUUCAGCCGCACGGUGUGCCUCGCCUGCUUUACUACGAGGAGCUCGACUUUCGUGUCAUUUCUGUCUUUCACUACGGUCUGAUGACGGAUCUGCGAUUGUCUCAAUGGAUAGCGCCGGACGUACACAAACCACUCGCUAUGCAGGACAGAUUGACGGAGCUGUUCCGACCACUAGUCGAGAUGUAUACUGAUCGGCUUGAUCUAGUGCGGUUUCAAUCAGGAUUAUGGGAUGUGGACGCGCUUACGGCCCUGCCGGAUGAUGUGCUGCACGCGCAUGAAGGGAACUCGAGCAUGCAGUCGGCGCGCCAAGACGAAGAGGCAAUGCCCAUCUUUACGAGGUACACUUUGCGCUAUAAGCAGGCGCUCGGCCAGAUCCAGGCAGCAUUCCCGCAUGCCGCUAUCUGGGCUCGCACAAUGCAUCGGCCAGGGCCGGGCUUACACAAGGAACACUUCAGUGAUAUUUCAGUCAAGAGGUUGUCUCAAGCGGCGGUGCAAGGCGCCCGCGAAUCAGGCGUCAAUGUCUUUGACUUCGGAAAUAUCUUCGAAGGCUGGCAGAUUUAUGCCAACUGGAUACACCCGUAUCAGUAUCCUGGUACUGCCCUGAUGGCUCAAGCACUAAUCCACGAAUUGUAUCUUGAAUUUGAGCAAGUCUGA